AGUCACUAUCCCUUGCUCGUCACCAAAUUAGGCACCGCUAUUUGUCGACGAUAUUUGUUCGUUUACUUUCUCCUUCUCCUUCUUUUUCUUCUUUCUCAUACAUUGUAAAAAUUACACUCUUCGUAACUCCUCAUUUACUAUUAGUUAUUCUAUUUCAAGGUUAGCUACAGCUUGUCGAUUACUUUAGGAACCUUAGGCAUUUAGGUACGUAACAACAAAAAAGUCGAUCCUUGCUCGGGUUAGUGAGGUCAUCGGUUAAGCACCCCUGCGGAUUAGGGGUAGGUUUGCUGCGGUUUACCCAGCAGUUUUGACAAAAGGGCAAGGAGUUAUUAAAACCAACCUUUUGGUUUUUGCGGCCCCUUCAGCCUUCCCAGCCCUUUGUCGAUAUUGUUUCGACAACCCACUUCCAGCAACAACACACACUCUUCUGCUGCAGCCCUUCUUUCAAGGUUAACUACCUAGACUUAAUAAUUCUUUUUAUUAAACUUCUCCUAUUCUUAUUAGGCGCAAUACCGAUAUAAAGAGAAAAUGCACGCGGGGAAGAUCACGUCGGGUUUAGCCCGCCGUCGCCGAACGCAGUCGAAUGCUAGUAGCAGAUCGUCUGGGGAGGGCGUUGACGAAGAUGAUACCUCCAUUAUCGAGCCCGAACAGGGCAGCGUCUUAACACAUAUUAUCUCGCAGCUACGGCCUGGCGCUGACCUCAGCCGCGUCGUUCUGCCUACGUUUAUUCUCGAACCCCGAAGCAUGUUGGAGCGGAUUACCAACUUCAUGUGUCAUCCGGAAAUGCUCCUCCCCAUCCCCGAUAUCGAAGAUCCGGUCGACCGUUUUGUCUCCGUCGUCAAAUUUUACCUUAGCGGAUGGCAUUUAAGACCACCAGGAGUCAAGAAGCCUCUGAACCCUAUCCUCGGCGAAGUCUUCUCCUGUUACUGGGAUCUACCUGACAAAACGCGCGCAUAUUACAUUUCUGAGCAGACGUCCCAUCACCCUCCAAAGUCGAGCUACUUCUACAUGGCUCCCGACCACCAUAUCCGUAUCGAUGGUACCCUGAAGCCUAGGAGUAAAUUCUUGGGCAAUUCAGCCGCAAGUCUUAUGGAAGGAAUCGCCGUACUUUCUCUGUUGAAUAGGGGCAAGGAUCCUAAGCAAGGGGAAAGAUACUGGUUAACGCAACCAAACAUGUACGCGAGAGGAAUCCUGUUUGGCAACAUGAAGUACGAAUUGGGCGACCACAGUUUUGUGAGGUGUCCCGAGCUGGGCCUUACAGCCGAUGUCGACUUUAAAACGAAGGGAUGGGUCAGCGGUACAUAUAACGCGAUUGGCGGCACGAUAAAGGACGAAAAGACCGGGCAAGUGCUCUUCGAACUGUCUGGAUUAUGGAGCGAAGAGAUGUUUGUGAAAGACCUUAGGAACGGACAUAAGGAGAUGUUUUUCGACGCACGAAAGGCGAAACCCUCGAAACCGCGCGUCCGACCGCUCGAGGAACAGGACGAGAGAGAGUCGCAGAAAUUAUGGCAGAAGACAGCGCAAGCGGUAAAGGACAGGAAUCACGAGCUGGCGACGGACGAAAAGACCAAAGUCGAGGACCGACAGCGAGACGAAGCAGCGAGUAGAGCAGCUGCAGGUGUAGAAUGGCAUCCGAGACUAUUCCGGCGGGUAGAUAAAGACUACGGCGGUACGGGAGAAGACGUGGAUCACUUAGAAUGGGUUAUCAACGCUCAUAUCGAUGCGACAACACCCGAGAAACAAGCCGAGGAGAUCAUGGCGAUAUACCCCGUAAUACCCGGGCAAAACUACAGCGAUUGGAAUAAGAUCCCCCCGGGACAUACCCACGGUCAGAAACAAGCUUCGGCUCCUCCCCAAGGCGAGACGCAGGACCUAAUCGACUUCGGCCAGAACGAUACUAAUACGCAAGCUCAGACAAACAAUAAUUUUACUACUACCACUACCACUACCCCCACUACCACGUCGCCGUCGUCAUCGUCAGCUCCGCCUCCUCCUUUUCUGCUCCAGAAGACGGACAGUAAGGAUAUCGCUUCGAUGCUGCAGGCUACGGGCCGUAAGGCGGACGACGGGCCCUUGCUCGAUUUCACUACCGACCUAUCGCCGGCGCCGGCGGCUGCGAAGAAGGAAAAGGAAAGUACCCUGAAGAAGGAGGAUACGGAUAGCAGUAAUAAUGUGUUCUUCGACGCCGAGGGAUGAGUUGGUGCGAUGUGCGGGUGUAGGUGAAGAGUUAAUACCUACAGCGCAAUACCAGGGGAAGAAAGUCCGGGUCCGGUGAUAUUUUUGAACCUCCUUGGUCCCCGUCGCUUUGGGAUUUGCCGCAGCCUUUGCUACUUUUUUCUCGCCUGGAUCGACUUUUAUGUCCUUUUUUUUCUUCUUCUUGGGCUCGUGGGGAUAUAGAGAGAGAGGCAUUCAUUCAUGCAUGCGUGAGCUGAAUUACAUAAUUAUUCACGAUUGGCUGCUGGGAUGAUUGAUUCCCUGUGUUAUUUUUGGUUGCUACUGCUAGGUGCUGCUACGUCCUUGGGUUGGGUUCGGGUUUGGCUUGGCUUGGCUCGGCUGGGGAGAGGGAUAAAGAGUGGUCUAGAGGUGGUGGGUGCAUGCUGCAUGUAGUAGGUAUCUCCAUAUUUGCUUUCCGACCAUAGGGGGGUAAGGCAGGGUAAGGCAGAAAGAGGGCAGAGGGCAGAGUAAACAGGACAACGGGGAGCUGGCUAACCACUGGGUUUAGAGUCGGUAGACUAGGAUAGAUAUAGUAAAGUAAGGGAGGAAAAGAGAAGAGAAGAGAAGACCCUGUUUAAUGAAGUUGAUAAACCAACGGAGUCUUUCUUUCGUGGAAACAUCAUAUGAUAGCUAGCUACCGUGUAAGGUCAGUAACUGGUAUUGAUGUUGUGAUUAUGACUAUAGCAUUCACUGGCAAGGCUGUCCAUACGCCAAAAUCAGACAGAUGGU